AUGGUGAGAAGGUGUGGACGGCCUGGAGCUGGAGCUGUGGACGACGACUGGCAGGAGGCCCACGAGCGGUUGGCGGAGCUGGAGGACAAACCGGUGACAACCAGGGAACAGGAUGGACCUGGCAGUGAGGAGGCAGAUCUGCUGGGCGAGCCUGAGGACACGCUGGCAGAGCGGCUGACCCGGCUGGUGAUCGAUAGCGAGCUGGAGGACCCCGCCAUCAUGCAGGCUGUGCAAACCACGGUCCCUGCGCAGCAGCCUGGAGGGCUUAACUCCAGCAUCUGGGAUAGCUCAGCCGUCCUGCGGCGAAUCCGGGGGCCACUUCUCACUCAGGAGAUGCCGUCAGUGUCCGUGCUGGACUACGCUCUGCCUCAGAGACCCCCUCAGGCUCGAGAGGAAGAGCGGGACCCCUCUGAGCGGGCGCUGCCCCGCCGUUCAUCAUCCCCUGUCAUCGGGAGCCCCCCCGUCCGGGCUGUCCCCAUCGGCACCCCUCCCAAGCAGGCUGCUGUGCCCAACUUCAACCAGCAGAUCCUGUGUCCAAAGCCUGUCCACAUCCGAGCUACCAUGCAGCAGCGUUACCCUGCUCCCUACGGCGAGAGGAUGUCCCCCAACCAGCUCUGCAAUGUACCGAAUUCCUCCCUCCUGGGCCACCCGUUUCCUCACAGCGUCUCUCCUGUUCUCACCCACCUACAGAGAGCGCAGCUGCUCGGAGGAGCCCAGGCCGGCCGAAUGUCCCCUAGCCAGUUUGCCCGGGUCUCUGGCCUGGUUGGGAGCCCCCUCCCCUCCGUCAACCCUAAGCUGCUCCAGGGCAGAGUUGGGCAGAUGAUGUCUCCAGCCAGUGGGUUUCGUGCCUUUUUUGGGGCUCCCCCCGCUCCACCUCCCUCGCAGCCGCAGCACCCGCCAGGCCCUGGAUCCCACCUGCAGAGCCUGAGGCCGCAGCCCCAGAUGUUCCGCCCGGACACGACCCACCUACACCCCCAGCACCGUCGGCUCUUGCACCAGCGACAGCAGCAGAACCGAAACCAGCACCGGAGCCUUAACGGCUCGGUGGGGGACCGAGGGGGCCACCGGAGCAGCCACCAGGAGCAGAUGCGCAAAGAUCCUUACGCCAACCUCAUGCUGCAACGGGAAAAGGACUGGGUGUCCAAGAUCCAGAUGAUGCAGCUGCAGAGCACUGAUCCCUACCUGGAUGACUAUUACUACCAGAAUUACUUCCAGAAGCUGGAGAAGUUAGCAGCAGCGGAGGAAGUCCACGGUGAUGGUCCCAAGAAGGAACGCACUAAACUCAUCACACCUCAGGUGGCAAAGCUGGAGCACACCUACAAGCCAGUGCAGUUUGAGGGCUCGCUGGGGAAGCUCACGGUCUCCAGCGUGAACAACCCUCGGAAGAUGAUUGACGCAGUGGUGACCUCCCGCAGCGAGGAUGACGAGACGAAGGAGAAGCAAGUUCGAGACAAGAGACGCCAAACCCUUGUCACGAUUGAGAAGACGUAUAGUCUCCUCCUGGACGUGGAGGACUACGAGAGACGCUACCUCCUGAGCCUGGAAGGCGAGCGGCCGGCACUGAUGGGCGAGAGGAAGCAGAAGAUCUGCGAUAUGUAUGACAAUCUGAGGGGGAAGGCGCCCGGGCAGGAGAGGCUGAGCGAUGAUCACUUCAUGCAGAUCAUGUGCAUCCGGAAAGGGAAGCGCCUCGUGGCCCGGAUACUCCCCUUCUUGUCACCCGAGCAAGCAGCCGACGUACUCAUGGCGACCGCCAGAAACCUGCCCUUCCUCAUCAAGAAGGACGCUCAGGACGAGGUGCUGCCCUGCCUGUUGAGGCCCUUCUCUCACGUCCUCUACCACCUUCCCUUGGGGACAGUCACCAGCCUUGUGCAGCAGCUAACGAACCUACCUCAGAGCGCGACCGUGCCAGCGCCCACCAACCUGCACCUCACUGCUGUGCUCCAAAACAAGUUCGGCCUGUCCCUGCUGUACUUGAUCUUGAGCCGCGGGGAGGAACUGCAGAGCUCAGACGCCAACACGGAGCUAAUGCAGGACAACCAGUGGUGAGCGCUGGGGCU